AUGGCCAAAGAAGAUCAUAUUUAUCGUUUAAAUCACAUUUUGAAUACCUUGUUCCGUUUCAAUAUCAAAAGGGUGGAUGCUGACAAGUUGAAAUCAGCUAUUGAAUUGGGUCAAUUCCUGUUUGAUACAGCUGGGUUAGAGUAUCGCAACUUGCCUCGUCCCAUCUUUUUCCCUCACCUCUCCUCAGGUCAUCCUCAGCCGCCACAGCCUGCAAUGUAUCCUGCUUUGCUUCUCCUUUUACAUGCACCACGUCCUACAAAGUUCAAACCCAUGUGCCAUAACUGCAAUACGAAGCCCGCCUCAAGACGUCGUCUGUGCGUUGCAUGCUACCGAUAUCAAUUGAAACAUGGUGAGGCCAGACCCUUACGUCUCAUUGUUGCCAAUCGACCCGGUCCUCGUGGUCAAGGUGAUUUGAUUCAUAGUUGCAAAGCCAGCUAUAUUUGUCCUCCUUCUCUGAACAAUGAGAACCAUAAGAGCAACCUAUCCAUGGAAACGCAUCAAUGGUAUCGUAAUCUCUGUGGUGACGGAAACUGGUGUGAGACUUGUAAGAGUUAUUACUUGCGUCAUACAAAAGUAAGACCACCCGAACUUUUCGUCAAGGCGGCUAAAAGAAAGGUAGACAUUCGCUCCUUGGUCAACUGGAAAACGUGGUCCUGGGAUGAGAUUCCUGUAGAAACCAUCGAAGCCGCUACCAUGGCCUAUUUCAACACCAUCACACCUCCUCCUCCUACGCCCUCCUCUACGAGUAGC